AUGACCGGAGGUACUGGGCAGAAGUUCGAGGCAGCAACCACUGUUGUUGCCGGUGUCGCAUCCCUCAUCGCGACUUUGCUCUCUAUUGUGUCAAUAUGGCUUCAGCUGAAAAAUUAUCGGAAGCCGCUGCUACAACGAUAUGUUGUCCGCAUCCUUCUUAUGGUUCCGAUAUACUCGAUCGCCUCUUGGACCAGCAUGGUCUCCCGGUUGGCAGCCGAUUUCCUUGACCCAGUCCGGGACAUCUAUGAGGCGUUCACCAUAUACACGUUCUUCCAGUUGUUAAUCAACUACCUCAACGGCGAACGUGCCCUCAUCAUAAUGACCCACGGCCGAGAACCAGUCCAUCAUCUCUGGCCCCUUAACCAUGUCUUACCCCGCGUUGACAUCUCGGACCCCUAUACCUUUCUCGCUAUCAAGCGUGGGAUCUUGCAGUAUGCAUGGCUGAAGCCGAUUCUUGCGCUGGCUACCAUCAUCAUGAAAGCAACCGACACAUAUCAAGAGGGUUAUAUCGGACUCAAGUCAGGCUAUUUUUGGAGCGGCAUCAUCUACAACAUCAGCGUGACCAUCAGCCUUUAUUCGCUCGGAUUAUUCUGGGUUUGCAUGAACAAUGACCUUAAACCCUUCCGUCCAAUCCCGAAAUUCCUUUGCGUCAAGCUCAUUAUUUUUGCUUCAUACUGGCAAGGCUUCUUCCUCUCCAUCCUAGUUUGGUUAGGUGCCAUUCCCGACCAAGUUGAGGGCUACACUCCAGACAACCUUGCGGCUGCUAUCCAGGAUUUCUUGAUCUGCAUCGAGAUGCCAGCCUUUGCGAUUGCCCACUGGUAUGCCUUUUCAUGGCACGAUUUUGCCGACAAUCGGAUCGCAUCGGCAAGAAUGCCAGUGUACUAUGCCGCAAGAGAUGCUUUUGGAAUUCGCGACCUUAUUCAAGACUCCAAAGAGACCUUCAAGGGUGAUAAAUACGGCUAUCGGAUUUUUGACUCUGGAGACAAGAUUAUGGCCCAUGAGCUCUCCCGGUCGCGCCUGGCCCGCAUCAAAGCAGGGAUGCGAUAUGAACGAGGAGGAAAGGGGAAAUAUUGGCUUCCCAGACCAGAAGAGAUCAAGGAAACGACGCCUCUGCUUGGGGGAAAUGGCGGCCCAAGUCGAAGAAACGGAUCCAUCUCUCCACAUACCAAUAGCUUUGAGGAACCUGUUCUUGAUCCCGAGGAAGAACAGCUAUACGAGAGUGCGCGGAAGCUGGAAUACGGAGAUUGGAAUUAUCCUGUUAUCACGGCAAGUGAGCCUGCCAGUAAACGAUAUAUGUCGCCUCAUCCAAGUCUGUAUCAGCAUACGCUCACAGGAAGCGUAUACAACCGCUCUUCAUCAAGUUCGGCGCACUCUGUUAGGUCUGACGAUCCCCUAGGGAGACAGAAAAAAAAGGUCCAAGAAGGUCCCCAAGCUGGGGUCACGGAUAAGAAAGGGAAGAAGAAAGCAAUCUCACAAACAUCAUCUCCCAACCCUUCCUAUGCCCUGGGGAAGAACCCCCUCGAAAUUGCGUACGGCCCCACUGUUGGCCUCAAGAUCCUGGAGCCAACCAUUGGAAGACUGCCCUUCCAGUUCAUGACGGACCAAGUGAAGAAGGAUUCCAAGUAUGGGGACAAGAAAUAG